AUGGCGGCCGUGACGUUCGAAGAGGAGGUCUCCACGCUGGCUGCCAGCGCAGCGGCCAUCUCGCCGGCGGUUGUGAGGACGGCCGUGGGCGUCGUCUUCACGGCAACAUUCCUCUACCUUGUCGUGUUCCGGGCCUGCGUCGAGAACUGCACUGUGGCCUCGGUAGUUUGGGAGAUCUUUGUUUAUUCUGGUAUGCUCUCCCUGCUACUCAUGGUACCAGCGAUGGUGCUCUUCUUCCUGCGCGCCGCCGGCAGUGGCAGCGAGGUCAAGAAUGAUGUGGAGGGUCGCGUCCGUCGGUGGCCGCUAAUCUGGCACGCGUCUGUGGCGUUCUUCCACUUGGCGCUCUUGGUGGGACUCAUCGGGCUCGUUCUUCAAAUCUGUGGCGGGUCUCAAGAGGUUUCUUACCUUCUCCGCAUUGCGGCUGUGCUGUGCAAGCUCCUACUCACCGUGCUCUUCUGCAUCCGUGCUGCUGUGGCGCUGUGGAGGAUGAAUCCUCAACAGCCGGCCGCAGUUGGUGCUGCGGUAGUGUGAUGAGUGUACGGAGUAGUAAUCUAAUCUAUCUAGUAACUACUUGUAGUAGGCUUGCUUCAAUGCUAGGCCGCCAAGAAGAAGUACCGGAUCUAUCUAUCUAACACAGCUCCAUUGUUUACCCCAGUGA